AUGGUAAGUUUUUCGGAAAUUAUUCUGACAGGGUAAAAAUGAAUUAUUAAAAAGACCCGAUUUUUGGGACAAUUUUUAGGUUUUUGCGGCGUUCAAAAAUCAAUAAUUCGAAAAAUGAUCUAGAUUAAAAAGACGUUUAUUAUUCAUUCCGAACCCUAAAAUCAUUUUUAAUAAUUCAGAAAAAUACUUGAAAAAUUAUUUUAUUGCUCAGAAUAACUUAUUUGAAAGACAAUAACUUAUUAAAAAUCAGAAAUAUGUCCUAAAAGUCUUAAAUUCAAUAAAUUUUUAGGUAAACUUGAAAAAUCGCCUUCAAAAUCCUAAAAAUUAUCGUUUUUCUCACUGAAACUGAUUCAAAAACCGCUAAGAAAUGCAAAAUUCUAUUCAAGAUAUUUUUAAAAAAUAAACCUUCUUAUUAAACUUGAGCUACAGAUGAUUUAACAAAACUCAAAUUUUCAUGACUUGAAAAACUUUUUAUUCUUUAAUAUUGUUUAUUUGUAGCUUUAUACACGCUUGAAAAAGUGAAUAAAGCUACAAAUUUCUUUUAAAAGAUUUUAUUAGUUCAGUGAAACAUUGAAAUAACGUUAAGAGCCAAAAUUUUUCUUAAAAAUCAAAAAAACCUUUUUACCCAUCAUUUUUAACAGAAAUUUGAAAAUUUCCUUCUUUUUCAGAAAAUCUUCGAGAGAUGGUCUUUGGGCCAUCUACAGAUCCUCCACUACGGCUGAAAGUGAAUUCAAAUCGUUUCUAGGUAUGUUUUUAAUAUUUUCAAGUAGAAGGAGUUCAAUGUUCACUUCUAGGAAAAAGCCAGGAAAAUUUAUAAAUUUUUGAAAUUUUUGAAAAACUCAAUUUUGAGCCUAUAACCGAUCAGGAAAAGUGGAAAUCAUACCAAAUCAAGCUUUUAAAAAGUAUUUAAAAAGGAGACAUUGGAAAAAUUUAGAUCUUCCACUAACUUUAAGCCUCUUGGGCUAGGAAAUCAAAAAUAACCGAGAUCAGAAAAAUCUCAAUUUUUAAAUUAAUUUUUCCAACCCUUUAAAGCAAGAAAAUCAUUGCAAAUCGCAUCCAGAAAAGCAAAAAAUUGGAAAAUUUUUCAUUUUCCUCCUUUCUAAUCGAAUUUUGAGCUUGCAAAUCAAGACAAAUCGCGUUUGGAAAAGCCGAAAAGUUGCAGAAAAGUUUUGUCUGGCGAAUCUCAACGAAUCGUCGCAGCUCGACGAAUAUUUGCGCUGGGAGCAAGUCGAGUUCCUCUGGAGCCUCAGGAUCAUGUUCGUCCUUUCUUUUUUCGAAAUUUUCAGAGCUUUUAGCAAGAGGUAGAGCUUUUAGUAUGAGAGAGAGAGUUUAAAAAAUACGCAUAAAAAAAUUUAAACGAUUUGAAAGAUAAACGUUUAUUCUAGUCCUAAUACAGUACACCCGACUCAUGAUUAAAAGUGAAAUUUAUACUUUGGGAACCUUUAAAAUAAAAAGAUAAAAAUGAAAUAGUUGAAAAUGAAAAGAACUCACUUCAAAAAAACUUUCUGAACCUUAAAUUUGAUGAAAAAAGGUCAUUUUCCCGCCUUGGAACCAUAGUUAAAAGUUAAAAGUACGAUUUUGACUACUAUCUUGACCAUUUUAAAGUUCAAAACAGUUCAAUUAACGUAAUUAUGAAUAAAAUAUACUUCCCGUAUGGCGUGGCCGCUCAUAUUUUUCCGUAAAGUUAGUGUGUCGUGUGGUAUGCACCGCGGCGCUCUCGCACAUGUUCAAAGUAAUUUUCGUGAAAUUCAAAAUCAUAUCUGAAUUUCUGAAAUCCAGUUAUAUUUUUCACUUUCCGGUGGCUAUUUUGAAUUUCGCGGAAUUACUUUUCAGCACAACCUAAAAAUCGCGUUUUUAAAGGAGAAAUAAAUUCGUCUCAUGAUUCCUUGUUCACGCCUUUUUCCCAUGACGUCACAUGGGAACGGCGGAGGUUUUGACCAUGCCCCCUUUAUUUUUGGUUUUGCAUUUUCUUCCACUAACACUCCGUGUUCCAGAGCCACAAAAGCAAGAAAAAAUUAGGAAACCUGAUAAAAGAAGCAAUUAAAAUAAAUUUUUCUGAGUGAUGUGAAUGAUAAGGCUCAACACAAAAAAAUCAAGUCAUCAUAAAAAAUAAAAUCAUUUUAGGAAUCCUGAGAACGAAAAAAAACAUCUCAACCAUUAAUUUGAAUUAAAAAUGACCAUUUCCAGGCUAGAACCCUCGACAGAAUCGGGAGAUUUCGAGAAAGUGAUGGGAAAACCGAUAAUGGACAACGAUAAGCAGUUGAUGUUCAUGGGACACGAUAUCCGGUCGAAUUGCACCAGGAUCAAUGGAACCGAGUGGACAAAGCAAAAUGAGGACCGGGUCAUUGGCGACAAUUUCGAAACGCACAUUUUGGAUCUGUUCGUUUUUUCGAGUUUUUAAGAAUCUUCUUGGCGUUUUUCAAUGCUAAAAUUCAGUGGAAAAGGAAAAAUUUCCUGGGAAGGUUGGAGAAUAUUUUAAAGGCGCAUACAUUAAAAUACACGCGCAAAAGGAACCUUCGGAAAAAAGGUCUCAGAGGCUUCUUUUUUCUUGACCUUCAGGAGGAGAAAAAGGUGAAAAAAUGAGAUUUCGAGAAAAUUUUGACACCUUUUAAGGUACUCAAAAAGGAGCUCUAGACUUUUUUUAGGGCCGUUUGGAUUUUGUGAAGGUCUUGAAACGAAAAGCACUUUUCAGUGUUAUUUGAGGUCAUACGAAGCUUCUGUCCCUUCAAAAAUCCUAAUAAAAAAUUGAAAAAAAAACCUAUAAAUCCACAGCCAAGAACUUCAUUAGAGAAACCUAGUAAAAUGGCAGAAAAUCAAUAUUUAUAAGGAAAACCUCUCGAAAAUCCACUAGCCUCCAAAAAAUUGAAAAAAAGAUAAUUCUGAAUAUUAAAAGGGCGUAAGACAUUUUUUUUAUUUUAAGGCUUGAAAACUAGUUAAAAAGGUCCACGCUUAAAAAAAUGAAGCAGCCGAAAGUAACCCGAGGCGUUUUUUUUUCCCGAAGAGUACGGUAUGUGAUGAGCGUGUUUGCACACUUUGGGUAGUCCUGUCAACUCAACUUUUACCUGAAUUUUAUAGAAAUUCUGACUAAUACACCACAGCGUUUUUGUUAUUGGAAGGAAAAGCGAAACCAAAAACACGGUGGGCGGAGCCAAAAUAUUCGCCGUUCCCACGUGACGUCAGAGAUUUCGGCUAUAACUGCGUGAAUAACAUGGCUUAGCAAAGGCGCAGGCCGCCGUAUUGCUUUAACACGAAUCGAAAUUCUCUACAUAAACGCAAUUUUCUGCGCGAAAGCGGCGCAGUGCAUGCACACGACACACGACACUUUACGGAGAAAAAGUGGGCAUAGCGUCGACGAAAAAACUUUUGAUGACUAUUAAUCAAAAUGGUACCGUGCAAAGUGUGCAAACACGCGAAGUGCAUGCGGACUUUCACAUACAGUACUCUGGAAAAAAAAAUCUCUCUUUGCAUAGAAAUUUUCUCUUGAAUUUUGUUUUUUUUCAGAGCCUACGACAGCAACUUCCUGGUCCAUCACUUGUGGUCGGUUUGGUGA